CUUCUCCUCCAUCACGAAGGUUUAACCUGUUGUCUUCCGGCCAUUACAGCAGAGCCGAAAAUCAUCAGAAUCAUCACCGAAAAUGAAGACCAUCUUGUCUAGCGAAACCAUGGAUAUACCAGAUGGAGUGAAAAUCAAAGUGAAAGCAAAGAUGAUUGAGGUUGAAGGACCAAGAGGAAAGUUGAUCAGAAACUUUAAGCAUCUUAACUUAGAUUUUCAGCUCAUCAAGAAUGCUGAAACUGGGAAGAAACAGCUUAAAGUUGAUGCCUGGUUUGGAUCCAGAAAGACUUCUGCUUCAAUUAGAACUGCACUUUCUCAUGUUAACAAUCUUAUUACUGGUGUUACUAAAGGGUACCGUUACAAGAUGAGAUUCGUGUAUGCGCAUUUUCCCAUCAACGCUUCAAUCACCAACGGAAACAAGGGUAUUGAGAUCCGUAACUUUCUUGGAGAGAAAAAGGUGCGAAAGGUUGAUAUGCUUGAUGGAGUGAGUAUUGUCAGGUCAGAGAAGGUCAAGGAUGAGCUUGUGUUGGAUGGUAAUGAUGUUGAGCUCGUCUCCAGGUCUUGUGCCUUGAUCAACCAGAAAUGCCAUGUGAAGAACAAGGAUAUCAGGAAGUUUUUGGAUGGUAUCUAUGUGAGUGAGAAAGGGACUGUUGAGGUCGAAGAAUAAGUUUGUGGUACGACGCUGUUGGUUUUGUGUCAGAAGGUUUUCCUCCCUCCGUUACGUCAUACUUAGUUUGUUACUUCUUAAACUAGUACAAGUUGACAUCCAUUUUAAAGAUUGUUAUUUCUUUUUGAGCUUAAACUUUUUGCGGUACUGAUAGUAGUAGCUUAAUGUAAUGGUUCGGCAAGUAUCAGAAAAUUCCGUUGACUUAAUUAUGUUUUGGAUGAGUGAAUCAAAGCUUUUUCUGGUUCUGCUAAGUCUGAUAUUUCUGAUGUCAGUGAAAUUCAGAUUUUGGUCAUGUGUUAUCACUGGUUGUUUUGAUGUGUACACUGUCAAGGAUAUUUCCAUGAUUUAUCAAAAUUCUGGAAUGCAUUUGGUAGGUAA